AUGGUCCUCGCACAACCCCCAAACCAGCAUGUCAUGAAGGCCUUCGACCUCACAGGCAAAGUCGCUAUUGUGACUGGAGGCGCUCGUGGAAUCGGUCUUGAAGUCUCGAGAGGAUUGGCCGAAGCCGGUGCAAAUGUCGCCUUGAUCUAUCACACAUCCAAUACCGCCGAGACAAUUGCAGCUGAAAUUGCAUCUACUAACAACGUCCGCGCAGCAGCGUACAAAGCCAAUGUGGCCAUUCAGUCUGAGAUCGAGGGGGUUGUGCAACAGAUCGCGAAGGAUUUCGGGAAACUUGAUAUCAUGGUCGUCAACUCUGGGAUUGCCUCCAACACCGCCGCCGAAGAUUACACGGCCGAUCAAUGGAGCGAGAUUAUGAAGGUUAAUCUUGAUGGUGCUUUCUAUUCUGCCCAGGCCGCUGGCCGGAUAUUCAAGGAACAGGGUCGUGGAAAUGUUAUUUUCACGGCCUCUGUCAGUGCGACUCUGGUCAAUCUCCCACAGAAGCAAGCGGCGUACAAUGCGUCUAAGGCGGGUGUUGUUCAGCUUGCCAAGUGCUUGUCUGUCGAGUGGGUUGACUACUGCCGAGUCAACUGCAUCUCGCCUGGAUACAUCGCUACCGAGAUUCUGGAUACUUUCCCUAAGGAGUGGCGCGAUAAGUGGUUCGACUUGAUUCCUGCCAAGAGAAUGGCUGAGUCUUAUGAGCUGAAGGGGGCCUACGUGUUCUGCGCCUCGGAUGCGUCUAGUUAUAUGACUGGUGCAAAUGUCGUUAUUGAUGGAGGAUACACACUACCAUAG